AAAAAAUGUUUGAAUUUUGUGCACAGAAUGAACCGCCUUUACAACUUACCCAGAGGGUUUGGUUCUUUGCCAGCACUUGAAGUUUUGGACCUCACCUAUAAUAACCUGAGUCAAAAUUCGCUGCCUGGAAACUUCUUCUAUCUCACAACUCUUCGCGCUCUAUAUCUGAGUGACAAUGACUUUGAAGUCCUGCCGGCUGACAUUGGAAAGAUGACCAAGCUGCAAAUAUUGAGCUUGCGGGACAACGAUCUCAUCUCCCUGCCAAAGGAUAUUGGGGAGUUGGUCCAACUCAAGGAGCUUCACAUCCAGGGCAAUCGAUUGACUGUACUACCACCGGAACUUGGUAAUCUGGAUCUGACUGGUCCAAAGCAGGUCUUCAAAGCGGAGAACAAUCCCUGGGUCACACCCAUUUCUGACCAGUUCCAAUUGGGAGUCUCGCAUGUUUUUGAAUAUGUUCGCUCUGAGACCUACAAAUAUCUCUAUGGCAGACACAUGCAGGCCAACCCAGAACCUCCGAAGAAGAGCAACGACAAGAGCAAGAAGAUCAGCCGCAAACCACUGGCAGCCAAAAACAAAUAAAAACAGCACUGGACAUGAAUGUUGUUGUUGUAAUAACAAGCCAGACUCACUGCAUGUGCCUUUCAGUAGCUUUAAUUCAAAACAAUGUUUAUCUUUGGUUUAUAUUCAUAUUAAUAUAUAUUCAUAUAUAUAUGCCAUUAUUCGACUUUGCAAGAUGGCUCUAUAAAACCGAAAUUCAGUUGAUCUAUUUCUUAUGCAAUGGAUCAGCACUGUAAAGGUUUGUUAAUUUUUUUAUCAUGUAUUUGCCUGUUGUAAGUUCACAUUUUUUUUAAACUUUCUCCUUGUGAAAUAAGCUUUAUAACGGUAUACUGUUAUUUGAAACAAAUGCUUUUAUGGUAUUUUGUAAUGCAGGACUUAUUAACUUGAUUUCCUUAAUUAUAUUGUGUAAGUUGGAAUGUGUAAAACGUAAAUAAAAACAGAAAUACAGUGUAAAUGGGGACUGGCAUGUUUA